AUGUUUGCCCUCUCCGAAGAGUCCAAGGAGCGCAUUGUCAAGCUCAUUGACAUCUCCCGUGUCGCCAUUCACUAUGGCUACCUUCCCUUGAUCCUCUACCUCGGUGCGCUCGAAACAUACGAAGCAACCUCUUCAACUCACUCAUCAAGGAUACCAAAAACUAACGACCUCACAGGCUACACCCGCAGCAACCCUCGCCCAUCUGUCAUCCGCCUUCUCUCUCCUCUCUCCUAA